CCAGGUUUGAUGUAGUUGGAUUUGGCAUAAUUCGUUGUCCCAAUCCUUUUGAGUUAAGGAGAAAGGGAAUGGCGAGCCACCUUCCAAUUUCAACUCUUUCCCUAUCGACUCAUGUCUCUCAAUUGACGUUCCCAAAAACGAAGCUGAAUCUACGUCCAAGAUCUUCAAUGAGAUGUGCAGUUUCGGUUGCCUCUGAGCCAAUUCUAACCAACAAUGGCAAACCAUUCCCAGCUGAGGUAUCGAGAACAAUUCUGGAAUUAUCUUCAGUUGGCACUUUAUCCACCCCGACCCAAGAUGGUUGGCCUUUAGGUAUUGGUGUACGUUUCGCUGUUGACCCUCAUGGCACUCCAGUACUCUUUCUCAAUCACUCAACUUCCAAUUUCGCUCUCAAUUCCAAGUCUAGCUUCCUUGUUCAGUUACAACAAUAUGGGUUGCGGACUCCACAGUGCACCAUACAGGGGACGCUACAAAAACCACAAGAUACCACAGCUUUGAAGAAGCUUCAUUCAGUUUGGGAAAAAAAAUUUGGGCAUGAAGUAGAUGAGGAUCGCUUAUUUUUGCUUUCUGUGGAACGGGUACUUCAGAUUGAAGAUUUUGCAGAGGAUGGAAUUUGGGUCACUUCAUCAGACUAUAAGUCAGCGAACCCUGAUCCUCUUCGAGACUUUGCAGAAAGAAUGAUUGACGAGAUAAAUACUAACAAUAGGGAAGACAUCUUACGGUUUUGCAACAUCUAUGUAGAUUUGGAUUUCCAGGUUUGCGAUGGCAAGAUGCUUUGGGUUGAUAGAUUAGGUUUUGAUGUCCGGUUCAGGUCUCCUCUGAAUGAUGUGUUUGAAGCUCGUAUCCCUUUUCCGAGAGAAGUUACAGAUGAGAAGGGUGCAAAAUCAUCAUUCAACUGCAUGUCUCAAUUUGCUUGGGAAGUAGAAAAGAAUUUCCAUGCUGCAGAUUUUGAAAAGGUGAAACAAGUGAAAAAGAUGGAGCACAGAGGACUGUGAAGAAUCAUAUUUAUCCUGAUGGUUGUGCAAUUAUCAAUUGCAUGUAUUAUUUUUCAUUAGGGUAGGUGAGCGAGAAUGUAAAUGUGGUGGAAGAAGGAAGGAACAUGUUACUCCUGUGGCUAAUGAUGUUGUUUAAGACUCCACAAAAGCUUAGUUGGCAACUCUCUCUAGAGUUGUGUUGG